CCUGAUUGAUUUUUUCUUGUCCGUCGUCGAAGCUAAAAACAACCCCGCUUCGGAUCUCCUCUGCAACCUGCGAUUCACUCUUCUAAUCUCCAAGAAUACAAAGGUGUCGUAAUACUUGCAUCUGUAUCUAGAGAGAGAGAGAUUGUGUAGAAUCUUAUACAAGCAACAAGAGAUGGGUUGCAGAAACAGGGGAUUCUCAGAGGAAGAGAACGCCGUAUCGGCUUCACUCAGCGACGCAUUGCUCUUCGCCACUAUGUGCAUUGUUGGCCUACCAGUCGACGUUCAUGUCAAGGACGGUUCGAUUUAUUCUGGAAUCUUCCAUACUGCUUGUGUGGAGGAUGACUAUGCCAUUGUAUUGAAGAGAGCAAGAAUGACUAGGAAGGGGAGUCACGAUGCAAAUGUAGCAAAUGGAGAUUUGAUUGAAACACUCGUCGUCUUGUCAGAAGAUUUUGUCCAAGUGGUUGCCAGGGGAGUCCUGCUUCCAGCAACUGGAGUUGUUGGAAAUGUACCUGGGAAUGAUACAGGGGCUGUUACUGGCAAUGCUCCUUCGCUUGAAUAUCCAGAGAGGGACGCAAAAACAACAAGGCCCAGCAAAUUCAAAAAUAAUAGAAAGGACAUGAGUUGGACAAGGUGCUCAGUCCCAGUGGAGAAUGGUUUUUCUCAUGGUUUUGUUCCUAAUACUUCCAUUGGCUUGGGCAAUGCCAUGGAAGUUGAAAUUUUGAAAUCAGAUGGGGUAGAUUUAGCAAAGAAGGAAGAAGCUUCUGGAGUUGCAGUUAAUGGAAGACAGGUUGGGGAUGGCUCACAGGGGAAACAGAGCAAUCACAAAGAGAAGUAUGACUUUCAGAGGGAGCAAAAUACCCAUGAAGUUAAAGGCUCAAUUUCUAGCUUGGAUGAUUCUGAAACCCACUCAAAUGCUGUCGAAAAUAUAGUUGUGGAGAUUGCAUCCAAUGGUUUGCCAACAACCAUGCUUUGUGACAGUCCUCCUCCUUUUACUGUCAAACUUGACGAUCAGUGUCAGGAGAGGCAGACUUCAAAAGAUAUUCCGUAUCUGAAUGCUCUUAAUUCUUGUGUUUCGACUGCUGUCACUUCAGCUGUGGAUGUUGCUUCUGUAUCCCGUGCCAGUCCAUCAUCGACUUUUACUGAAGCGGUCCCUCCAAAAAGUUCAAGCUCUAGUAAAACUUCCAAGGAAUUUAAGCUCAAUCCCGGAGCAAAGAUGUUCUCUCCAUCAUUUGUCCAACAUAGAUCCGCAACCCCUCCAGCAGCGGCAACCGUUGCAAGUGUGACUUACAUACCAGACCCCUGUCAUGUGGUACCAGUUGCUACUCAGCAGCCAGAAGCUGAAAUCAGCUCUUUUGCUCCUCAUUCAUCUCUGCCUGUUAAGUUCGUUCCAUAUAAUAACUUGGUAGCUGGAAAUGGUGGCAGCGAUCUGCAAUAUGUUCAACCUAUUGUUGGACAUGUGGGGAGCAGAACACCACCAGUUAGAUAUGCUGGUCAGUAUCAUCCUGUUCAAGCUGGGGCUGCCUAUGUGCACCCAAAUUCUCAAAAUGUUGGACGAGCGGGGCCACUUGUCUAUAUGCAUCCAGUUUCUCAGGAUCUGGUUCAGGUUGCACCAGCUCUCUCUCAAGUAUCUACACACCCUCUGCUGACUCCACAUCAGGUUCAUCUUCCUAAGCACCAAGGAAAUGCAACGGCUCAAGCAGUGCAUCUGUGCAUGUCUACCCCCUUUAUAGCUAGUGGACAGCAGUCAUUUGCAGUGCCCAGCCACAUCCCUAUUUCACAACCUUCCUUCCCUGUUUUCCGUCCUAUUCCAGUCCGAGGAUCUAAUGGUUUUUUGGGAUCCAAGUUUUUGUGAAUGAUUAUUUCCUAUCUCUUCCUCUCAAUUAAAGGCAGGCCUGCCUAAGCAAGAACUUGCACCAGGGUUACAUUCACCUCCUUUUUGACCCAAAUUUUGGCUUUUAGUUAAAUUAUUCAUCAAAGUUCUAGCUUAUCCAUUUUCAUUGUCAUCCUUCACAUAUUUGGGGUGUAAUCUUUUGGUUUCUUUUUUUGUAAGGCCAGUUUUAAAAGGAAAGGCUGUAUAGAGCGCAAAGUUAUAUCGGUUUUUUUGGGAAAUUUUUGGAGAAGGUUAUUUCUGUGGGAGCCCAAAGUUGUAGGUGUAUUUAAGUGAGGGCGAUCAUACAGAAGGAGAAUUGGGCAUUGAACGAACACAGAAGAUUCGACGUUUUUUGAUCUGGUAUUUUUGUUCCCAGCUCUCAAGAUUUGAAUGCUACAUCGAUGAUUUGGAAAUUAUAGGUGGAGAUCAUUUUAUGAUGUGGAUGUUAUAGACAACUUGUCUGUGCAAUCAGUAUUUUUAUCUGAAUAUUAAAAACAAAUGUUUGCGAACUUUUCUGGUUCUUUUCACUGGAUAGAAAUGUGUCUGACCUUGCUUAUCA